UUCAAAUGCUAAAAGUCAAGUCAAGCUGAGGAAUUGAAGAUUCAAAGAACGUGAGCGUUCCUUCAUGGACUUUGCCAACACUGCUUCUCUUCUCCACCUGUUCCCUUCUAAUUCAUACCUCACCUCACCUCCAGCGAACGCCUCCUAUAAUCUCUCUCUGUUCUUAACCAACCCAUCUCUGCUUCUUCUUCUUCUUUCUGGGUUUUCAAGGUUAGCUGAUCUUGGAAGUUGUUAAUUUUGGACAUCUUUUGACAUUCGAUAGAGAAGACUGGUCUAUCAUACAAUUAUGACUUGUUCCUUUUUUUUAUUUGGUUGGAAGAGUAAUUCUUCAUCAAAGCAUUCUUUGGGAGUUGAUGAAGAAGUUGCAGGAAUUCACAAUGUUAAACAAUACACCUAUAGGGAAUUAAAAAAUGCUACUGAAGGUUUUAGUCCAGCCAAUAAAAUUGGAGAGGGUGGUUUUGGUUCUGUAUACAAGGGACGGCUUAAAGAUGGGAAAAUUGCAGCUAUAAAAGUUCUUUCAGCUGAAUCAAGACAGGGGGCGAAAGAGUUCUUAACGGAAAUUAAUGUGAUCUCGGAGAUAGAGCAUGAAAACUUAGUUAAGCUAUAUGGCUGUUGUGUGGAAGAAAAUCACAGAAUUUUAGUCUAUAACUUCCUUGAGAAUAACAGUCUUGCACAAACUCUUCUUGGAGUAGGCCACACUCAAAGUAACAUUCAGUUUAGUUGGAGAACACGAACUAGAAUAUGCAUUGGCGUGGCACGAGGGCUUGCCUUUCUCCAUGAGGACUUACGGCCACACAUUGUUCAUAGAGAUAUCAAAGCUAGCAAUAUUCUCCUUGACAAAGACCUGUCUCCCAAAAUUUCAGAUUUUGGUCUGGCCAAGCUUAUUCCACCCAACAUGACUCAUGUCAGUACACGUGUAGCUGGAACAAUAGGUUAUCUGGCACCAGAGUAUGCAAUUAGGGGGCAGCUAACGAGGAAAGCAGACAUUUAUAGUUUUGGUGUCCUCCUUGUGGAAAUUGUCAGUGGAAGAUGCAACACAAAUACACGAUUGCCUAUCGAAGAACAAUAUCUCUUAGAACGGACAUGGGAACUUUACGAGCGAAGGGAGCUGGUUGGGCUGGUGGAUACAUCAUUGAAUGGUGACUUUGAUGCUGAGGAGGCCUGUAGGUUUCUGAAGAUUGGUUUACUCUGCACCCAAGACGCUCCAAGGCUCCGACCUUCCAUGUCUACAGUGGUCAAGAUGCUUACUGGUGAGAAGGAAGUCAAUGAUAGUAAGAUAACAAAACCAGGUUUAAUUACUGAUUUCAUGGAUCUCAAAGUUCGAGGCCCCCCUAAUCCCAAACCCCAAAAAAAUACAUCUUCCUAUAAUCCAACCAAAUCUGAAACAAAGACUGGAUCUGCCUAUAAUUUGUCAUCGGACGGUUCAACAUUGUCAUCAGGAAAUUCUACAAGUGCAGCCACAACCUUCAAUGCACCACCAUAUGAUCUUAGCGUUUAAAAGUCGUUGUGAAAAAAUAUAUCCAUUAGAUUUAUUUUUUCUUUAGGCUUGGUAGUUUUGUGUAAAUUCUAGAGCCAUUUUCCUUUGCUCUAUUUAUGUUCUUUAGCUAGAGAAAUAGCUAAAUAAUUUUUUUGUCGGAAUGCUUUCUCUUGUAAAUGGCCAACGUUGAGUGAAAUGAAGAAAGUGUGCUGGGAUUUGUGUCUGUUUGUUUUA